CCGCGGCCCCCUCCCGCCGGGUCAGCCCCGAAGAGUUGCCCGGUGGCCUCGGCAGACGGAAGCCGAGCGAGAGCCCGGCGGCGGCAGGAUGGGCGACUCCAAAGUGAAAGUGGCGGUGAGGGUCCGGCCCAUGAACCGACGAGAAAUUGAUUUGCAUACCAAAUGUGUGGUGGAUGUUGAUGCAAACAAGAUUAUUCUUAAUCCUGUAAAUACAAAUCUUUCCAAAGGAGAUGCCCGGAGCCAGCCAAAGGUGUUUGCUUAUGAUCAUUGUUUCUGGUCCAUGGAUGAAUCUGUCCGAGAAAAGUAUGCAGGUCAAGAUGAUGUUUUCAAGUGCCUUGGAGAAAAUAUCCUUCAGAAUGCUUUUGAUGGCUACAAUGCAUGCAUCUUUGCCUAUGGACAGACAGGAUCUGGAAAAUCUUACACUAUGAUGGGCACAGUGGACCAGCCUGGAUUAAUUCCAAGACUCUGCAGUGGACUCUUUGAACGAACCCAGAAAGAGGAAAAUGAGGAGCAGAGUUUUAAAGUAGAAGUGUCCUACAUGGAAAUUUAUAAUGAAAAAGUUCGAGACCUUCUUGAUCCCAAAGGAAGUCGUCAGACCUUGAAAGUCAGAGAACAUAGUGUAUUGGGACCCUAUGUGGAUGGACUUUCUAAACUGGCUGUAACAAGCUAUAAGGAUAUUGAGUCUUUGAUGUCUGAGGGAAACAAAUCUCGGACAGUUGCUGCAACCAACAUGAAUGAGGAGAGUAGCCGAUCCCAUGCAGUCUUCAAAAUCACCCUCACACAUACUCUGUAUGAUGUGAAAUCUGGGACAUCUGGGGAGAAAGUGGGCAAACUGAGCUUGGUUGAUUUAGCUGGCAGCGAACGAGCAACGAAAACCGGAGCUGCUGGUGACCGGCUAAAGGAGGGCAGCAACAUUAACAAGUCCCUUACAACUCUCGGUCUGGUAAUCUCGGCUCUAGCAGAUCAGAGUGCUGGCAAAAACAAAAAUAAAUUUGUUCCGUAUCGGGACUCAGUUCUCACGUGGCUGCUCAAAGACAGCCUUGGGGGUAAUAGCAAGACAGCCAUGGUGGCUACGGUGAGCCCAGCCGCAGACAACUACGAUGAAACCCUCUCAACAUUGAGAUACGCGGAUCGAGCCAAGCACAUUGUCAAUCAUGCUGUAGUGAACGAAGAUCCCAACGCUCGUAUCAUCCGGGACCUCCGGGAAGAAGUUGAGAAGCUCCGUGAACAGCUGACCAAGGCAGAGGCAAUGAAAUCUCCAGAGCUAAAAGACCGGCUAGAAGAAUCAGAGAAGCUAAUCCAGGAAAUGACGGUGACCUGGGAGGAGAAAUUGAGGAAAACCGAGGAGAUUGCACAGGAACGACAGAAACAGCUAGAGAGCCUGGGAAUCUCUCUGCAGUCUUCAGGAAUCAAAGUUGGGGAUGACAAGUGUUUCCUUGUUAAUUUGAAUGCUGAUCCUGCUCUGAAUGAACUCCUGGUGUAUUAUCUAAAGGAACAUACAUUGAUAGGGUCAGCAGAUUCCCAGGACAUCCAGCUGUGUGGAAUGGGGAUUCUUCCUGAACACUGCAUCAUAGACAUCACGUCAGAAGGCCAGGUUGUGCUCACUCCUCACAAGAACACUAGAACAUUUGUAAACGGGUCCUCUGUCUUCAAUCCAAUACAGCUGCACCAUGGAGACAGGAUAUUAUGGGGGAACAACCAUUUCUUCAGACUCAGUUUGCCUAAAAAGAAAAAGAAAGCAGAACGAGAGGAAGAGGAGCAGGACGCCUCCCUGCGGAACGAUAACAGUUCUGAGCAGCUGGACGUGGAUGGGGACUCCUCUAGUGAGGUGUCCAGUGAGAUCAGCUUCAAUUUUGAGUAUGCACAGAUGGAGGUGACCAUGAAGGCCCUGGGCAGUAAUGAUCCCAUGCAGUCGCUAUUGAGCAGCCUGGAACAGCAGCACGCAGAAGAGAAACGCUCCGCUCUAGAACGGCAGAGGCUCAUGUACGAACACGAGCUGGAGCAGCUCCGAAGAAGGCUGUCCCCUGAGAAGCAGGGCUCCCGCACAGGAGACCGGCUGUCGUUCCACCCGCCCAGCGCCCAGCAGCGCCUGAGGCAGUGGGCGGAGGAGAGAGAAGCAACGUUGAACAACAGCCUGAUGAGACUGAGGGAGCAGAUCGUUAAGGCCAAUCUGUUGGUGAGAGAAGCUAGUUACAUCGCAGAGGAGCUGGAUAAAAGAACCGAAUACAAAGUGACCCUGCAGAUUCCUGCCUCCAGCCUGGAUGCCAACAGGAAGCGAGGCUCUCUCCUCAGUGAGCCUGCAAUCCAAGUGAGACGAAGAGGAAAAGGAAAGCAGAUUUGGUCUUUGGAAAAACUGGACAACAGGCUGCUGGAUAUGAGGGAUCUUUAUCAGGAGUGGAAAGAGUGUGACGAGGACACCCCGGUUAUCCGAUCGUACUUCAAGCGUGCUGACCCAUUCUAUGACGAGCAGGAAAAUCACAGUCUCAUUGGGGUGGCCAAUGUCUUCCUGGAGUCCCUGUUCUAUGAUGUGAAGUUACAGUACGCUGUCCCGAUCAUCAAUCAGAAGGGAGAGGUGGCUGGUCGGCUGCAUGUAGAGGUGAUGCGAAUCAGUGGUGCCAUUGGGGAGAGAAUCGCAGGAGGUGACGAUGCUACGGAGGGCUCCUUUGAGAAGGAGGCCCAGGAGAGCAGACUGGUGUGCAUGGUGAAAAUACUUCAAGCCACGGGGUUGCCACAGCACUUGGCCCACUUUGUGUUCUGCAAAUACGACUUCUGGGAUCAGCAGGAACCAGUGAUAGUCGUGCCUGAGGUGGAUACCUCCUCCUCCCCUGUCAGCAAGGAGCCUCAGUGCAUGGUCGUCUUUGAUCACUGCAGCGAAUUUUCUGUUAACAUCACGGAAGACUUCAUUGAGCAUCUAUCAGAAGGGGCCUUGGCAAUUGAAGUAUAUGGACAUAAAAUGAAUGACCCCCGGAAAAACCCAGCCCUGUGGGAUUUGGGAAUCAUCCAAGCAAAAACACGAAGUCUUCGGGACAGGUGGAGCGAAGUUACCAGGAAAUUGGAAUUCUGGGUUCAGAUCUUGGAACAGAAUGAGAAUGGUGAAUACUGCCCUGUAGAAGUGAUUCCCGCCAAGGAUGUCCCAACGGGAGGAGUCUUCCAGCUCCGGCAGGGGCAGUCCCGGCGAGUUCAAGUUGAAGUGAAGUCUGUGCAGGAGUCUGGGACUUUGCCAUUGGUGGAAGAGUGUAUACUGUCUGUUGGCAUUGGAUGCCUGAAAGUCAGACCACUCAGGUCCCCCAGAACUCUUGAUGCCUUCCAGGAGGAAGAGGAGGACAUGGACAGCUACCAGGAUCGGGAUUUAGAGCGAUUACGUAGAAAAUGGCUGAAUGUGUUAACAAAGCGUCAAGAGUAUUUGGAUCAACAGCUCCAAAAGCUUGUCAGCAAACCUGAUAAAACAGAGGAUGAUGCUGACCGUGAGGCCCAGCUCCUGGAGAUGCGGUUGACCCUAACUGAGGAAAGGAACGCUGUGAUGGUCCCCUCUGCUGGCAGUGGCAUUCCAGGGGCCCCUGCAGAGUGGACACCAGUUCCUGGGAUGGAAGCCCACAUUCCUGUUAUAUUCCUUGACCUGAAUGCUGAUGAUUUCAGCUCUCAGGAUAAUCUUGACGACCCAGAAGCUGGAGGAUGGGAUGCCACCCUGACUGGGGAAGAGGAGGACGAGUUCUUUGAACUCCAGGUCGUGAAACACCAUGAUGGAGAGGUGAAAGCAGAGGCCUCCUGGGACUCUGCAGUGCAUAGCUGUCCUCAGCUCAGCAAGGGCACGCCCACAGACGAGCGCCUGUUCCUGAUUGUGCGUGUGACAGUCCAGCUCAGUCAUCCCGCUGACAUGCAGCUGGUCUUACGCAAAAGAAUUUGUGUGCACGUUCACGGCCGGCAGGGUUUUGCUCAAAGUCUCCUAAAAAAGAUGUCUCAUCGAAGCUCUAUUCCUGGAUGUGGAGUGACCUUUGAAAUUGUCUCCAAUAUUCCAGAGGAGGCCCAGGGAGUGGAGGAGCGAGAGGCGUUAGCAAGGAUGGCUGCCAACGUGGAGAACCCGGCUUCCGCCGACUCAGAGGCGUAUAUCGAGAAGUACCUGCGGAGUGUGCUGGCCGUGGAAAACCUGCUGACCCUGGAUCGCCUGCGCCAGGAAGUGGCCGUGAAGGAGCAGCUGACCGGGAAAGGCAAGCUGAGCAGGAGGAGCAUUAGCUCUCCCAAUGUGAACAGAUUGUCUGGAAGCCGGCAAGACCUUAUCCCCUCGUACAGUCUGGGCAUCAACAAGGGCCGGUGGGAAAGUCAACAGGAUGUAUCCCAAACAACGGUUUCCAGAGGAAUAGCUCCAGUCCCCCCUGCCCUCUCUGCUUGUCCCCAAAAUAACCACUCGCCAGAUCCAGGGCUUGGUAGCCUAGCAGCCUCCUACUUGAAUCCAGUAAAAUCCCUGGUGCCACAGAUGCCAAAGCUGCUGAAGUCCCUUUUUCCUGUCCGCGAUGACAGAAGGGGCAAACAGCCACCUCCCCUUGCACAUCAGCCGGCGCCUCGGAUCCUGGUGCAGCCAGCCUUCGCCGAUGCCCGGGUGACCAGGACAGAGGAGGCCCAGCAAGGCAGCCUCGGACCUGGUGUGGCCUCUGAGACUGCGGCGCAGACGGCAGCCCCUGGGGCGAAGAGCUCCGAGAAACCAGCCAAAGUGCCUUCCCCACCGCCCGCCGCUGUGGUCACCCAGGUCCCGGAAGGGCAGGACGGCCCCCCCAGCCCCCUGAGCGAGGCCUCCAGCGGCUACUUCUCUCACAGCGUCUCCACUGCCACCCUGUCCGAUGCACUCUGCCUGGGCCUGGAUGUUGCUGUCCCUGCUGGCCAGACGCCUGGCUCUCCACCAACGCCCAGCCAGGCCGCCCUGGAGGCUGGGCUGGCCUUUCCCUCCUGUGCGCAGAGCCACCCACCUGGACGUGAGGAGCCUGCUGCCCAGCCUCCCCCGCCUGCCCCCAGCAGGGACCCUGAGGCCUCCAGGGCCCUGUUGCUCCCUGACCCCCCACCGUUGGCACCUGUGUCCCCGUUCAGAAUCCAGAAGGUGCGGACCUCGGAGCUGAAGUCGUUCACAUGCAUGCUGGGCGGUGGCCCUGGGAUCCACGAGGACCUGCUUGCCACAGUAGGGUCUGGUGACACUGGGGGGCAGGCCCUGGGGACACCAGAAGUGGCCUCUGAUUCUGAGGAUACCAGUGAAGUGCCCGAGUGGCUCAAAGAGGGGGAGUACGUUGCCGUGGGCACCAACAAGACAGGCAUCGUGAGGUACGUCGGGCCUGCUGACUUCCAGGAGGGGACAUGGAUUGGUGUGGAGCUGGACCUUCCGUCAGGAAAGAAUGACGGCUCCAUUGGUGGGAAGCAGUACUUCAAGUGCAACCCGGGCUACGGGCUGCUGGUGCGGCCUGGGCGCGUGCGCAGGGCUGCCGGGGCUGGGCGCAGGCGCAGCUCGGGGCUCCGGCCGCAGGGCGCCCCCGAGGCCCGCCGGAGCGCCACCCUCUCGGGCUCCGCCAGCAACCUGGCCUCACUGACGGCCGCUCUGGCCAAGGCCGACAGGGGCCACAAGAACCCCGAGAACCGGAAGUCCUGGGCCAGCUGAGCCACCGCCUCCCCAGGCAGACACCCAGGGAGCCUGCCGACCCUCCCCAAGCAGGCUGAGGAAUGCUCUUUGCACGACACAGGGCUGGUGACUGUCCGUUCCCUGUCCUCCCGGCCCUGGAAGCUUGGCUUCUCCCUGUCGGCCCCCCAGCUGUGCCUCCCGGUGGCGGGUGGGAAGUGCGGAGCCGGAGGAGCCUGGGUGGUGGUUCCACCAUGGGAGGCUUGGGGACUCCGCCUGCCUGGGGACACCCAUCAGGGUCUGUGUGCGUACCCUUUCCCUCUUCUGGCACCCCUAACUCCUUAAUUUAAGGAGUGACUUUCCCAGCACCUGCCGGGCUCCCGCCUCCCGGCCCCAUGGGCCUGGCUGUCCCUGUCCCGCCUCCCUGCAGGGGACAAGCCUGGGGCUUGGGGCGCAGCAGAGGGCUUCCUGCAGGGUCUCUGGGAGCCCUGGCUUCUAGACCUGGCUGGAAGGUCUUCUGUUUGCUAUUGAUUCUCCUAACCGGAUGCUUGGGAUAUAUUUAUUUAUAUUUAUUUUUAAAAUCUGAAAUCAUUGCGAGCUCAAUCGCCCUCUGCCUGGGCUGGUGCUGGGCCUUCCUGAGUGCCCUGGCCUUUCUGGUCCUCAGACACGGGCCUCCUGCCUGGGCAGCGCUUCCUGGGGGAGACGGGAGUGUGCGUGUGCGUGUGCGUGUGUGUGUGUGUGUGUGUGUGUGUAGCCUGCACACACGUGUUUGUUGGUGGCCUUUGUCCACGAGGAGAGCGGACAGGGGAGGAGCACAGAGGGGCACCCCCCUCGCUGGUGCGCGGUGGCAUUUUAACUUCCUCCACCUGGCGGGCAGGCGGCCUGGGGAGGGAGCGGCUGGCUGCCCUCCUAGGCCCCCAGAGCAGCUGCAGGCAGGCCCCCAGCCACAGCCUCCCCAGGGGUGGCUCCCCUCCUUGCCAGAUGGGAGGCUUCUUAUCCUGGGGCCCUUCCUGUCAGCUGUGUUGAGUGGAGCAGCGUGUGUGUGUGUGUGUGCGCGUGUGUGUCUGUGUGUGUGUGUGUGUGUGUGUGUGGAGGAUACCCUCAGACUGUCUUGUCUCCAACAGCCCCAACUUGCCCACCGACCCCAGCUCAGGACAGCACCUCUGGGCCGGAGUUUGCACUGGGCACUCCUGGAGGCUGGGUCUGGUUCUUGGAAACACCAUCGCAGAAGUUUUUGGUGAGGAACCCGGUUCUAAAGAGGUUUGAAGCUCCUUAUGAGAAGCAGUGCUAGACCUUAUCUCCAGAUGGGGCCACCAAGCCCGAGCUGGCCCCCCUGCAUUCUCUGGCCAGCAUGGGCAGCACACGGUGCCAGAGGCCAGGACAAUUAACCCAGGGCAGUCUGACCACCAGGGGACGGCCGGGAACAGCCUAAGGCCGGAGCAGUCCCUCGGGCAGGGUCAGCGUCCAGCCUGUGUCUGCACAGGCCUGCCCUGGGGCUGGCGUCUUCAUGAUCCUCCCUUGUGAGCGGGCACUGUGAGGGGUCAGGGCUGGCCAAGGCCCUGCCAAGGGGAUCCGGUCUGCCCCUUUCUGGGACAGCAUGACUGGAGGGAGCCUCCAUCCUGAGGCAGGCAUUGACCAGCGGCCUUCCCUUCCUGUUUUGGGGACACUGUGGGCUGUGGAUUCUGCCUGGCUUUUCUCCUUUCCCUCUUGCGCAGCCUGGCUCUUCUGGAGUCUGGUUCAGUUGGAGUCAGUGUCCCCUGUGUGGCUGUUGGGCAGCGACCAGCCCCUCCCUCGGGCAGGCCCAGCCCCGGGAGCCCCAGGAGAGAAAGCUGGAGGUGGGAGUCGGGCAGGGCCUGCUGGAGCCAUGGUCAUAGGCCCGGGAGUGGAACCUGGUGCUGUUCUUCAUCAUUCUCUUCAUCAUUCUGGGCCUUUAAAGUGGAGGAGGAUAAAAAGGGAUCAUCGACUUGAAGAGCUUGUGAGGAGGAGCGCAGGAGCGGGGAGGCUGACCAACGUGGCUCAGGCCCCUGUCCUUGCCCUGCAGAGUGCGGGACACCUUCUCUCACCCCAGCCUCCUUCUCCCCAUCUCCCAGGGUCACCCCCUACCUGGUGCAGUGAGCUCAGCCUCCUUUCCAGCCUUGUUCACAGGCCUGCGGGGACAGGCAUGUGCUGUGGUGUGGAGACAUCUCUGUGCUCUUGGCUGGAGUUUUCUUCCAGCUUAGGGUCUUGUGCUCGGGGUCUCGUGAGCCUGUGAGGAGUUGGUUCUGUUGGUGUUGUGUCUGUGUCCAUAGCUGAGGGGGUGCAGGGCGUGCCUCUGUUGCCCCUGCCCCAAGGGCAGGAUGUGGCCUCUGGAAGGACAGCACAGCUGGAGGGGAGGCUGGUGGACAGCACCCCACUGGGCCUUGUCCGCAGCUUGCCCCUGGGUCCUUCCUGCACUCAACCUACUCAUCCCCUAGGGCAGAGGGAGGCACUAGCUGCUCCCUGUGGGAGGCUCUCAGCACUAAUGCUACCCUUGGCUUCCUGGGCAGCCCUGUCUCCCGCUAGGCGAGCUGUGCAGGCGCUGGGUGAGGCCUGCUCAGGUUUAGUCUUUCCUCUUGCUCUUUGGCGUAGAUUAACACUAACUUGUGGCUGGAGAAACAAGGGUGUGCAGUAGGGAUGGUCACUGAAGUGCUGGGCAGUGGAGGCAAAGGGAAGGUGUGUGUCUGGGUUCCUGGGAAGGCCUGCAGGUGUCCAUGUCCCCUUCACUCCUGGUCUUUUCUCCCCUGGGCUUAAGCAUUGCCUAUACAUGAAGCAGGAGGUUCUGGGUUCGAUUUGUCCUUGCUUAGGCGCCCUGUCUGUGGAGGCUACAGGGUGUGGAGCGUAUUUUGAUGCUUCUGGUGCCAUCAGCCCUAUGCCACCUUAGGAGGCACUGAGGUGGCGGGGCCAUCUGUAGUGCCUUUCCCUGGGGUGCACCCCCACAACAACUGUACCCAAAGCCUCUUUCUCUCUGAAAGGCCUGGUGCCCUGGUGAGCUGCACACGCUACUGGUGUUGGGAGAGUCUGAACAGCUUCUCUGUGUGGAUUUUGUAAAUAUCUUGAGUUCACACAGAGAAGUGAUUUGAUUUGGGGAUUAUAGUGAUUUGGUACACAUUAAAUGGGAGUUAAAAAAAUUCCAAAGACUGUAAUGAAUUGUAAAGAUUUUAAUGAUUCCUCUGUGUGGUGAACUAAACGCUGUAACUCUGUACCAUAUAUGCCUUCCCAUCAAAUGACCAGCAGCUUCUGAAUAAAGCCAAUGACUUCUUGCCUUGUC